GCGGGCGGCAGUGAGGGCCGGGCAGCGCGGCGGUGAGGACUGCGCGGCCCAGCAGCGCGGCGCCCAGAGCGCGGGCCGCCCGCCGAGCCCCGCCGAGCCGAGCCCCCCAGCGCCCGCAGCCAUGCCGGCCGGCCGCGCCGCGCGCACCUGUGCGCUGCUCGCCCUCUGCCUCCUGGGCGGCGCGGCCCAGGAUUUCGGGCCGACGCGCUUCAUCUGCACCUCGGUGCCCGUGGACGCCGACAUGUGCGCCGCGUCCGUGGCCGCCGGCGGCGCCGAGGAGCUCCGGAGCAACGUGCUGCAGCUCCGCGAGACCGUGCUGCAGCAGAAGGAGACCAUCCUGAGCCAGAAGGAGACCAUCCGCGAGCUGACCACCAAGCUGGGCCGCUGCGAGAGCCAGAGCACGCUGGACGCGGGCACCGGCGAGGCCCGGGCCGGCGGCGGCGGCGGCGGCGGCGGCCGCAAGCAGCCGGGCUCGGGCAAGAACACCAUGGGCGACCUGUCCCGGACGCCGGCCGCCGAGACGCUCAGCCAACUCGGGCAAACUUUGCAGUCGCUCAAAACCCGCCUGGAGAACCUGGAGCAGUACAGCCGGCUCAAUUCCUCCAGCCAGACCAACAGCCUCAAGGAUCUGCUGCAGAGCAAGAUCGAUGACCUGGAGAGGCAGGUGCUGUCUCGGGUGAACACUCUGGAGGAGGGAAAGGGUGGCCCCAGGAACGACACGGAGGAGAGAGUCAAGAUUGAGAGCGCCCUGACCUCCCUGCACCAGCGGAUCAGCGAGCUGGAGAAAGGUCAGAAGGACAACCGUCCUGGAGACAAAUUCCAGCUCACAUUCCCACUGCGGACCAACUACAUGUACGCCAAGGUGAAGAAGAGCCUGCCGGAGAUGUAUGCCUUCACGGUGUGCAUGUGGCUUAAGUCCAGCGCCGCGCCCGGGGUGGGCACCCCCUUCUCCUACGCCGUGCCUGGCCAGGCCAACGAGCUGGUUCUCAUUGAGUGGGGCAACAAUCCCAUGGAGAUCCUCAUCAACGACAAGGUGGCCAAGCUGCCCUUUGUAAUCAACGAUGGCAAGUGGCAUCACAUCUGCGUCACCUGGACCACCCGGGACGGGGUCUGGGAAGCCUACCAGGACGGCACCCAGGGUGGCAAUGGCGAGAACCUGGCACCCUAUCACCCCAUCAAGCCCCAGGGUGUGCUGGUGCUGGGCCAGGAGCAGGACACCCUGGGUGGUGGGUUUGAUGCCACCCAGGCGUUCGUGGGCGAGCUGGCCCAUUUCAACAUCUGGGACCGCAAGCUGACCCCCGGGGAGGUAUAUAACCUCGCCACCUGCAGCACCAAAGCCCUCUCCGGCAACGUCAUCGCCUGGGCCGAGUCCCACAUCGAGAUCUACGGCGGGGCCACCAAGUGGACAUUCGAAGCCUGUCGCCAGAUCAACUGAGGCUCCUGGCGGCCGAGCCUCCCGCCCCUCGGGCCGGCCCGCCCGCCUCCCCCCCUGCUUGUGCGGUGGCGACCCGUCUUGUGUCUCCUUCUCUCCCUCUCCCCAGGAGCGACUCAGGCCCUCCCCCUCGCACGCGCUCGCACGCAGCCUGGUUUGUCCUUGUGCCCGGGAAGCAGGUCCGGCUGCCCCCCCCCCUCCCCGAGGAGCCCGCGCCCCGGGCCUCAGGCCUGCUUGUGCUCCCCGCGGGCGCGGUGUGGACGUAGGUGAGAGAGCGUGUGUGUCUACGGGUGUGUGUCUGUGGGGACGAGCGAGGUGGUCUGUGUGCUGCGGGGAGAAUCUCACGACUGGUCGGAAGACUCUAGUAGCUGCCCGCGGGCCCCUGUGGGUGGCCCGUGUGGCUUCUUCAACACACGCGCCUGUCUUUGUUUGCAAACCUUUUCCGGGGGCGCAGUUCUCCACCGGUAAAAUAAAUGUCUUCUGGCGGUUUGUUUGCUCGGGGCCGGGGCCCUCCCCUCAGAGAAUUUCUCUUUUGUCGUAGGAGUGGAUUCUCUCUUGCUCUCCGGGGGUGGGCAGAGGUGGGGGGGGUGGCUCCGGAAACCGGGCACCCCACCCCCACCCCCGGUGCCCGGCCAGCAAGCUUACAGCUGGCAUCCGAGGGCAGCGGUGCUGGGCCUGGGAAGCUGCUUUGCUGGCUCUGGCCCAGGACAGCGCCUCAGCCCCCAGUCUGCCCGCCUCCUUGCACCCUUCGAGGCUGGGAUCCGUCCCCCUCUUUUGGCUGCCGGCUGGUGCCCCUGAGAGAGGAGUGUCCCUCCCACAGUCCCGGAAGUCUUGGCUUCUGGCCGUGGGAGGCCAGAGGGUCCUCCAAGGAGGCAGGGCCUCCAGAGGCCUCUCACGGGGAGCCAGACUCAGACACGGCCAGCCAGCGUUGGGGCCUGGAAUCCAACCCUCCCCCCGCUUCUUUCCAGGGCUCAGGUCCUGGAGCAGCCCCCAGCGUGUCACCGGCUGGUGACACUGAGACACGACCAGCGUCCAGACCUUUAACUUUAUUCUCCCCCGUGAAAAGCAAACACACACAUUUCCUUCUAGUCCUUCCGAGGCGGGGAGAAAAUGUGCGUGCGUGUGUGUGUGCGCGCGUGUGCGCGCGUGUGUGUGCGUGUGUGUGCGUGCGUGCGUGCCCGUGUGUUGAGAGAGAGAGAGAAGCAGCACAGUAAGACGGAUCAUACCCAAGGCGAGGUGAGCUCCCUGCCGGGUUCCAUCUGGGGGUCACACGCCUUGAGGGCACCCUGGAUUCUGUCACCAGGAGUCUAAUUAGCAAAAGGCUGGCGAGUCUUUCUAGAAAUUCUACCGCACUGCCUGGCUCAUCCACAGCUGCAGACAUUUCUUCCGGAGGCGCAGGUGUGCCUUCGGGGACACCUGUCUCCUUAAACGCAGGUCCGUGUUGCGUCGGGAACCGCGUGCGUCUGUGUGUGUCUGUGUUGGUGUCUCUGUGUUCGUGUCCCCGUGGUGUCGCCACAGCACCCGGUCGCCGUUCCGCAGCGCGUCGCUCUUGUCUGGCGGGUGCGGGCCAGGCGCCACGCUGCGUGUCGUGGCUCAACAGUGGCUUUCUCUGAGAACCCUGUGCUUCGUCCCAGGCCGUCGGGUCGUGGCGUGUCUGGAUCUGCAGGGAUCUUCUCCGUUUGCAUGUUCCUUGGGGUGGCGUGUCCCUUGCUCCUUUAGUCUGAUGUGUGUCCCCUGCCUGCAUGGACUUCUGGUUCUGUGUUGUGUGCCCAGUGCUACCCAUUGUUCCGUGACCAUCCGUGUAGCUACCGAAAAUGGCCGGAUAAACAAGCCACGGGUGUCGGGGGAGGUCAAGGGAGGGAUCCGUUUCCCUCUCCCCGUCCCCACUCCCCAAACACACCAAGAAGUAUUUUUUAACAUGUAGGUUGACAAGGAGCCUAAACAGAGCCCGUGGUUGGGACAGAGCGAGAGCUUGGAAUCACCCCUCGAGACCAGAUUGGCCCCACCCCUCACUUCAGCCACCUCGGAGCCGUUGCUUAGGCAAAGGCCCAGAGGGUGCUGGGUGCUCUCCUGUCAGCACCUCCCACCAGCCCCUGCCGAUCGGCCGGACCCCAGACCACCUUCUGCCCCCGCCGCGGGCGUGGUGGGAGCCGUCCGUUUAGGACCACAAGCCAUCCUCUGCCCUAACUAGAGACGGGCAGAGCAUACCCCCAGAUGCUUAUGCCUACGUCCCUCUGGCCUCCUGACCCCGUUCACCUUCCUCGCCCUCCUCCCCUGAAGCACCCACGGUGCCAGGGACGGAGGCUGGCAUCUGGCUCCCUCCCCGCCCCCAGCCGGAACGCGUGCCAAGCCCCUUGACUCCCUCACUGUGUUAACACUUGGCACUUUGCUGGCCCCGAGAAAGGUCGAUUGACAGGCACAAAUGUAUCCCACGUAGUUUUCAUGUACUCCUUAAUCUGAUCGACGCUCCCUCUUGCACUGAAUAACCCACACCUAUCUCAGGUAAGCCAUUUUAUAAAAUAGGAAGAAACCCAGCACUGCGGAGGCAGUGUCUGCCCUUCUGAGCUGGUGUCCCACAGAACCCCGGGCGUCCGGGGCCGGGGAGCUGCCGCCAGGGGCGCCCCGGGCCCUCGGGGCUUCGAUCCCACUUGAAUUGUAAGCCUUCCUGCUUUUGAUAACACAGUAUUAUUUCUCUUACUGUAGAAGAAAAAGUUUAUUACCAAACGAGUAUUUUUAUGAAAGAAAAGGACAAACCUAUAAAUUAACUCAACCUCUAUCUCCCUUGAAAACACUUUCAGGCUCCGCCAAAACGUAGGACUGAAAGCGUGUAUUUUGGAAGAAAGAGAUACAUUUUGUAUGCUUUCUUUUCCUUUUGUAGACUCCCAGUUUAUUUUCUAAGACUGCAAAGAUCUCUUUGUCACCAGCCCUGGGACCUGAGACCAAGGGGGUGUCUUGUGGGCAGUGAAGGGGAGGGGAGAGGCUGGCGGGAGGCUCCAGACAGGGGCCACCUGUGCCCAAAGGCGUGUCGGGGGGACCGGGAUGGAAAUUGGCCGUUUACGGCGGACGCUUUGCCGUGGAGCUGACUUGUUGACGCGAGGACCCGUCCCACUCGGGGUGGAGGCAGCUAGGGCAACGGACGUUAACGCAAAGAGGACAGUAUCCUUCGUGAUCUCAUGGCAACCAAAACAACGUGGCUGGCACAGCCAUGGUUUCAUCUCUUAAAACACAGUGUGUAAAUUUAGUCACAACCAACGUUGGGAAGUGUAGCCCAUCCAUGCACAGUGGACUUAAGUGCAACUUGUUAAAAGGGAACAAGUCAUUGAGGAGGAAAAAAAAAAGCCCAAUACUUAGAGUCCCAAUUUUGUCUUACUUGCCAAAAAAAAAAAAAAAAAAAAAAAAAAAAAAAUCCAAAAAGCAAACCCCCCUACGGUUGAUGUUGUUAUAAUGUACAUACUGUAUAAUAUGAAAGAAAAUCAAUGUACCUUAAUUUUUCAUUAUUUGCUAACCAAAGCUGUACAUUUUUCAUAUGAUCUGCAGCCUUUUGGGUAUCAAAUGGGUCAAAACCAUGGGACCUGCCACCUGCCAUCAGCAAUUCUGGAAAUGCACUAUUUCUACUGGUAUUGCUUUUUUUUUUUUUUUUUUUUUUUCAUUUUCUUGCUGAAACGACAUGAAUUGUUGAGUUUAUUUUUACACAGUAAAGAGUGAAGAAAGAC